AUGCCGCCAGCGCUACCUGCUGCAUUAUACCGAAAAAUUGACCUCCCUUCUCCUCAACAGCUUUCGACGUACAGACCCCAUCUGGCAAACUCUUCUGCUGGGCCCGAUCUUCCACCCAAUGUCGAAUUCUUCGGUGCAUUCUAUUUUAUCCAAUGUACAAAGCUUGCGAUGAUUAUGAGCGAUAUUUCAGAUUUCUAUCUGUUCGGCAGCCAUGAGUCAAGACAUCAUUUAGAGCUCAAGAAGAAACUCGACGAGUGGAUCUCUGUAGUUCAACAGGUGGGACAACUCGCCCGAGGGGUCUCUAUCAGGCUUGGAUUCAGCUUUCUGAGUUAUCAAUAUCAUCACCUGGUUGUCUGCCUAACAAGAGGUGACAAACCUUGUCAUGAGACAUGUCUUGGCUCUGCGAGAGCUGCCAUAUCGCUCUUGAAAAGGCUAGUUGCUCACUCUGAAGAAGUUUUCAAUGGCAUUAUCUGGCAGCAGUUGUAUUCCCCUUUCACUCCUUUCUUCGUACUUUUCGGUGAAGUCAUCACCAAUCCGACUUCGAAGACCAGUGUUGAAGAUUUGAAGGUGCUCCGACAAACGGUGUUAUAUUUUCUCGAGUUCCAAAAAUACCACACUUCUGCAGUGAAACUGGAAAGAGUAGCGGAAACCUUUACAAAGAUCGCUGAAGCCUACGUCCGUCAUGUGUUCAGAAAACAAAGUGGCAUGACCAGCAGCGAUCAUUUUCGUAUCAGCAGGGCUAUGAUUCUGCCUGCUCAGCCUGGAAGUUGUCCUACGACUGCCUUCGCUACAUCAGACUUUGCAGCAUCGCCAGCGACCCCUAGGGAUACGAACCCUGUCGGCCCCAAUAUUAGGAUGGGUGACCAUAUGUCGGACGAGCGAAGCAAUCUAGACCCCACAUCACUCCUACACCUCCUUUCCUAUCAAGGCGAUGGCGCGACUCCCUUCCGAGAUUUACAUAUCACUGAUAUCCAGCCGGAGAGCUUGCAAGGGGUACAACAACACGACGCCGGCAACGACAAUGAUCAAGUUCUGGAAAAUUGGCAAAGAUCUGACCAGAACGUGUCAGUACGUGACGUCGAAAUGAACGGAAGAAACCAGUUCUCGCACUGCACAUUCGACUGGUUUGCGCUUGAGAAAUAUGCUAUUUAG